AGUUUGUCUUCCUCUUCCAUCACUGGAGGAUCUCACGCUUCAAGUCCUCAGCAGCCAACUAAUCAAAUAGGACGGAAAUGUAAAAGGUAAGAUGAAGAAUUCUUCGAGUUCAGCCCAGAAGAACCUCAGUGAAGAGGACAGCUCUGGAUCUGAACCGGAGACAGACCGCUUUGGCUUCAUCCUGACCAAUGGGUCCACAGCUGGGAGUGUGGGCCCGUCACCUGAACUGGUCAGGCAGAGGGAGGCCAAGUGGAUAAAGAUCAUUGAUCAGUGGGAUCGCAUCUUGUCGAAGAAGAGCAGUAAGGUCAAAGUGCAAUGUCAGAAAGGAAUCCCUGCCUCGCUCAGAGCCAGGUGCUGGCCUCUGCUGUGCGGAGCUUCCAACAGGAUGAAACAACAUGAAAAUCUCUACAAGGCUCUGGAUGAGCAGCCGGCUCUGCAGAGUUGGGUGGAUGUGAUUGAGAGGGAUCUGGACCGGCAGUUCCCUUUCCACGAGAUGUUCCAGUCCAAGGACGGACAUGGGCAGCGUGGUUUGUUCCGGGUGUUGAAAGCUUACACCCAGUAUCAACCAGAGGAUGGUUACUGUCAGGCUCAGGGGCCGGUGGCUGCAGUGCUGCUUAUGAACAUGCCUGCUCAGGAGGCCUUCUGGUGUCUGGUUCAGAUUAGUGAGCAAUACCUGCCUGGAUAUUACAGCCCUCUCCUGGAGGGAGUACUGUUCGAUGCGGCCAUGCUGACCUGGGUUUUGAAAAAGACGUGUCCAGCUGCACACAAACAUCUGCAGAACCAUGGAGUGGAGCCCCUCAUGUUUGCCACUGACUGGCUGAUGUGUCUCUUCACACGUCACCUUCCAUUCAACACACUUCUCCGAGUUUGGGACCUGUUCUUCUGCUAUGGGGUACGGGUGCUGCUCCAGGUUGCAGCAGUGCUGGUGCGCCGGGUGCUGGGUCGGGCUGAGCAGAGGAAGCAAUGUCAGGGCCAAAUGGAGACUCUGGAGAGGUUAAGGGGUGUCAAGGAGCAGGUCCUUGAGGAAGAUGAUGAAUUCAUAGCAGAGGUGUGCUCGGUGCCACUGUCAGGGAAAGAUCUGGAGAAGCAGACAGAGAAGGAGUUGGAAAAAUGGAGGAAAGACAGACCCUCAUCCACAUUUGACCCAAGAGGUCGCUGCCAUGGAUACCGGAUGGCAUGGGCUAGAGCUCGACAGAAUGAAAUGGAGAGAGAGAGGAGAGAGAGAGAGAAAGGGAACCUCUCUGUCCCUCUAACUCGCUCAGCUUCCAGUCUCUCACUGUCUCCUUCCCUCCUUCACAAGAAGUGGAGGAAAGGGGGAAAAACCAACACAGGUGACUCUGAACGCAGUAACAAAGUAGUGAGACAUCUUUCAAUGGGCGCAAGGGAGGACUGGAAAAGCUGGAAUGAGUUUGAUUUUAACAAGGUCCAAGGAGUCGAGGAAGAGGAAGAUGUUGUUUCAGAGGGACACAAAGAGGGACAAACUGAAAAGAAGGCACUUUCACAGACACCUGAGAAUAUGGAACAAACCAAAAAUAUCCCAACAGAAGAAACAGUAGGAGUAAAGGAACAGAGUACAAAUGUGGAAACAAGAAUCGCUGAAAAGGAGGAAGGCAAUGUUGGAGAGAUGGAGGAAAGCAAGGCCGCAGAGACAGAGGAAAGAAAGGCCGAAGAGACAGAGGAAAGCCAGCUCAGUGAAACAGAGGAAAGCAAGGUUGGAGAGAGGGAGGAAAGCAAGGCCGGAGAGAGGGAGGAAAGCAAGCUCCGUGAGAUGACGGAAAGCCAGCUCAUUGAGACGGGGGAAAGCCAGCUCAGUGAAACAGAGGAAAGCAAGGUUGGAGAGAGGGAGGAAAGCCAGCUCAUUGAGACGGAGGAAAGCAAGGUCGGAGAGAGGGAGGAAAGCCAGCUCAUUGAGACGGAGGAAAGCAAGGUCGGAGAGAGGGAGGAAAGCAAGGUCGAAGAGACGGAGGAAAGCAAGGUCGAAGAGACGGAGGAAAGCAAGGUCGAAGAGACGGAGGAAAGCAAGGCCGGAGAGACGGAGGAAAGCAAGGCCGGAGAGACGGAGGAAAGCAAGGCCGGAGAGACGGAGGAAAGCAAGCUCAGUGAGACGGAGGAAAGCAAGCUCAGUGAGACGGAGGAAAGCAAGCUCAGUGAGACGGAGGAAAGCAAGGCCGGAGAGACGGAGAAAAGCAAGGCCGGAGAGACGGAGAAAAGCAAGGCCGAAGAGACGGAGAAAAGCAAGGCCGAAGAGACAGAGGAAAGCAAGGCUGGAGAGAUGGAAGAAAGCAAGCUCAGUGAGACGGAGGAAAGCAAAAUGCUUUCAGAACCAAAACGAGAAACAACUAUAGCCCCAAAUCAGACUGUUGAAAAUAUUCUCCCUCCCAUUGAUUAUACACCUCACUGUGAACAGGAAAAAAAGCUGGACACAGAGAGUGACUCACAAGUUCUAGAAGAACAAAGUCACAAAAGCAAAGACCAGGAAGCAGAGCUUAAAGAUAAAAAUGAAGAGACAGAGAAGCACAUGGCUGCUGUGUUGGAAAACCACAGUGAGACACCAAGAGAAGUCGAAGCAGAUACAAACACACAAAAGGAGAUGCAAAUAGGUGUAAACUCAGGUGAAGAGCAGAUAAUACAGGUUGACACAAUAUUGGAGGAGAGCACUGAAAUUGAAAAUGUGCAGCAGGUUGAGACGGAUACAGAAUUCCCAGAGUCUAAAAGUGAGACAAGUGUGGAGACAGAAAGAGGUGUUGAAGCUUUAACUGUUGAAGAUGAUGCUGCAAUAGAGACAGAAACAGAACAGGAAGAGCUGAUCACGGAGACAGAAGGUACACUUGAAGUAAAAUACCACAGUACUGAGUCAUUAGUAGAAACAGAAAAGGAAGCAGAGUUCCACACCCAAAGAGAGACAGAAACCAAGGGUCUGACACAGAUUCAAGGAAAUCCAGCCAUACAGGAAGAUUUAAAGGCCAAAAUAACAGAAGCAGAUUCAGAAGAACGUGUAGAUUCACGGACAGAGACAGAAGAAGAAACAUUAACACUGUCUUUAUCUGAAUGCACUCAAAAAGAAGGCACUGGUGCAGUAGAUGAUGCAGAGACUGAAGCUGAGAUAACAGUAGAAAAAGACACAAUGGAGGGGUCAAGUGAGGCAACAGAAAAAAUAAUUUUGAAUGUAUACUCAGAGGCACAGGUUGAGAGUCAUUCAUGCAUCUGUGCUCAAAAAAUCACGGAGGAAACACCAAGAGAAACUCAGACAGAUGAGAAGACUGCAGAUUCUGCAACGCCCACAGAAACGGAAGAGACCUCAACAUCAGCUGAUGAACUAAACCACACCACUGUGCCUGAUGAGGACAGUUCAGUACAAAUUAGUUCCUCUGAGACACAAACACCUGAACAGCCAACAACCCAAGUCACUGUGUGUCCUGAACACUCAAAUCAAAGCAUUCAGCAAAUAGAUCCCAUGCAGGAGGAAGAAAUGACCGAAAAGGUUCAAGAAAAUACAGCAGGACAGGUUGAUGUCUUUAUUUCUUCUGAAUCAACAAAUGUUGCCCAAGUCCAAUGUUCUCAAUCUGCAAAAGAGGCCCCAGUACAAACCUCUGAGCGUCGCAGCAGCCGGUCAUCUGGUGAUUUCUGUGUUCGCAAGUCAACCACCUCGCAUAGCUCCAGGUUAGCUCGCAGGCUUUCCGAAGAUCUCUUCACCACCCCCCAGAAAACUUCAGAAAAUCAGCCAGAAACUAAACACACAGAGUCACAGUGCAAUCCUGAAGCUGUGACCCAGAAACAAGCAGCUCCUGAUGUGAUGCUUUCUGCAGCAGCGACAGAGGAAGCCCCUGCACAGCAGCAGCCACAUCCCGACCCCCCUAAACGCUUUGGUCUCUUCCGCAGACUGAGAGGUGAGCAGCACAAAGACACCAAGGCUAAGAAGGCAACAAAAAUGCAAGUACCAAAAAUCUUGAUUCAGGACUUCAGUGAUAUGACAGGGACCGGGAACCCGGUUGAGGAAGCAGUGGAGGUGAAACUUACCUCUAAGGAGAGGAGGCGGCAGCGGAGGGAACGUGAAAGAAUGGAGAAAGAAGAGGAGAGGUUGAAAAAGAAGAGAGAGAAGGAGCUAGAGAAAGAGAGGGAAAAGGAGAGGAGGAAACCACAGACAAGAGGGAAAAGUUUUCAAGUGCAAAAAGAGAAAGGUAGUGAUGAUGUUGCUCAUCUCGCAAAGACUGGCUCACAGACACUUAGAUAUUCUGGUCCCUAUGCCGAGUCUUACUUUUGACAUUCUUUUUACUGGAUUUCAGAUUCUGCAUCACUGCCUUUCUGUGUUUGAGCUCCACAUUGGUUAAUAUGUGGAAUAUCCCUCAUCCUAAAUAUUUGUCAUACUUGAACUUCUGGACAUGUAAAUAAAUAAUAAAUGAUGUUUACAUACUUUGAAAAAUAAGUUUGUUUUAUUUUGCGGGACUUACACUGCACCUUGAUUAC